AAUGAUAACACACAUUCUAAACUGCCAGCUUCCGCCGACUCAUCAUCAGUCCAUUAACCAAAAUGUUAACGACCAUUUUGCUCACGCUUCUCUCCGCUUUAAUUUACUUCAAGUUAAUAAAACCGGCAAGUUUUUGGGAAACGCGCAACGUCCCCCACGUCACAUCAUGGCCUCUAGUUGGAAGCAUGUUCCCUGUGCUAACCCAAAAGAAACACUUUGUGGAAAUUUCCCAAAACAUUUACACCCAAUUUCCGAACGCCAAAUGCGUGGGUUACGUCCUAUUCACAAAACCCACCCUUUUGAUCCGCGACUUGGACCUCCUUAAGCAAAUUGGCGUCAAAGAAUUCGACAGUUUCCACGACCAUUUGCCCUUCGUGACCGAAGCCACGGAGCCUCUCUUGAGCAAAAGCCUCCUUAAUUUACUGGGGGAUGAGUGGAGGAAAAUGCGGGCGACUCUAAGCCCGGCCUUCACCAGCAGCAAAAUGAAACACAUGUACCAAUUAAUUUGCGAGUGUGCCGAACGUUUCACCCAACAUUUCGGGAACCGGACUGUUGAUGUGGAAAUCAAGGACGUGUUUUCACGGUUUAGCAACGAUGUGAUUGCAAGUGCGGCGUUCGGAAUCCAAGUCGAUUCGUUAAAAGAGCCAGGAAAUGAGUUCUAUUCAAUGGGCAAAGCUGUGACUUCGAUACUUAACGGCUUUCAAAUGGUCAAAGUUUUCCUGGCUUUGUCCUUCCCCAACAUUGCUAAACUUAUACAAUUUAGAGCAAUCCCGCCCAAAGUCACAAGUUUUUUUUACGACAUAAUAAUAGAUAAUAUAAAAAAACGCAAAAAUGAGGGAAUUGUUCGCCCAGACAUGGUCCACCUUUUGAUGGAAGCCCAAAGUGGGAAACUAAAACAUGACAACAACACGGAACAAGUUGAUGGGUUUGCAACAGUUGAGGAAUCGGAAAUUGGCAAAAACUCCAACAAAAUCCAGCUCACAGACGAACUAAUCGUGGCACAAGCCCUUAUUUUUUUACUAGCUGGUUUCGACAGUGUUUCCACCGGUUUAAGCUUCAUAGCGUACGAAUUAGCCACUAAUCCUGACGUUCAGAAGAAACUACAAGAAGAAAUAGACUCGGUGCUUGAGAAAAAUCAAGGGAAAGUGAUGUAUAACGAAAUACAGUCGAUGAAAUACCUGGAUCAAGUUUUGUGUGAAACUUUAAGGUUGUGGCCUCCAGCACCUCAAACCGAUCGUUACUGUAACAAGGAUUUCCCAAUUGAUGCAAAUUUUACGAUUGAAAAGGGCGUAAUGAUCGAAAUACCAAUUUUUGCAAUACAUCGGGACCCUCAAUAUUUUGCUGAUCCAGACAAAUUCGAUCCUGGACGCUUCAGCGACGAAAACAAGUCAAAAAUAGUGCCUGGAACGUACAUCCCAUUUGGUGUCGGACCAAGAAAUUGCAUAGGUUCGAGGUUUGCCCUACUUGAGAUAAAAAUUCUGUUUUGGCACCUUCUCUCAAAGUUUGAUAUUUUACCGAAUGAGAAAACAGUGGUUCCGUUCAAAUUGUGCAAACGAAGCAGUAGUUUGGUUCCGAAUGAAGGGAUUCAUCUUAGGUUCAGACCCAGAAAGUGAAUGUUUUACGAAAAUAAAUAUUUAUUGAGCGA